UUGUCUUUCUUGCCAAGUUUCUCUAGGAUUUCAGUCAGACGAUCACAGUUUGUCUGUAAGCAGCUACAUCCCAGAAGUAACUCCUCCUUAUUCAGGACCCACAAACUUGCUUUUUAUCUGUCGUUGCAGCUUGCCGGAAAGCUGUUGACUUCAGCUUCUUUAACUAAGAGUGCAAUGAAUCAAGCACGGUACUGGAUGUGGACAAAUAGGAAGCCUGGUUUGAGUUCCAAUAAUCUUCAACCCUCAACAAAGGCUUCAUAUGAUGAUUCAUGGGAAGAGCAAGCUUUUGCAGAAGAUACUGCUGGGUCUCUUGGAGGUUGUAUAUGGCCUCCUAGGUCUUAUUCUUGCAGCUUUUGUGGCAGGGAAUUCACAUCAGCUCAAGCUCUAGGAGGUCACAUGAAUGUCCACAGGAGGGAUAGAGCUAGGCUAAAGCAAUCCCCGACUUCCCAGGAUGGAAUCCUUCAUCAUGAUCCUCAAAAUAGUCCCAAUCACAUUCAAAAACCCUUUUUACCUGUGAGUUUCCAAUACCAACCUGAUGAAGUUUGUAACUUCGUUUAUAACCCUAACCCUAAUUCCAAUCAUGGGACUCCUCCAUCACCUCCCUCAAAUUCUAAAGACAACUGUCCUGAACCAACUUUAGUCCCUGCUUUAUCUUCAGAAACCGCCCAAGACCAUCCCAUGAAGUCCCCUAAAACAUCCACAAAAUCAUGGUCAAACUAUGUUGAAGACAGAUACUACCAUUUCUCUGAUCUAUGGAAUGAAGUAGAGAAGUGUCCAAGUAUCCUAGAAUCCGGAUGUAGUGUUAAAGCAGAUUAUGUCCAAACCGAUUUGUCUGUGUGCUUGAAUCUGAUUGUUCGACGAGGACGAACACCCCCUACUACUUCCGGUAGUAAAGAAGAGAUCGGUUGCAAGAGAAAGAGAACUGAUCAUACACCGAUAUGGCCGUUCUUACUGAAGCCGAUUUCGAUUGAAACACACCAUCUCCAAGCAGCUGAGGUGUCUGAGCUUAGUCCUAGCUCAGAUGAUGAUAUAGACCUUGAGCUAAGGCUCGGCCCAAGGUAAAAAGUAGUUUGAUCAGAAGAUUAUACUUCAAUGGAUACAUAUAAUUUCUGGCCAUUCUUAAAUCAUAUGCUGUUUGUAACCUCAUCUAUAUUUGAUAUUUUUCCCUUCCCUGUGAAUGUCUAUUUGCUUUGAGUUUGAUGGUGGAUUAGCUCUCUCUGAAUCUUAUGAACUCACAGGUUGUAACAAAAAUUACAUAUAUAUGAAAAUAUAUUCUGUAGGAGAGGAUAAGAACUUGAAAAAUCUCCUUUCCUGAUAGAAAGAAUAUCAUCACCAUGCA